UGACUGAGGACGGCAGCAGGAACCAACGUUUGUGUGAGGGAGCAGCUGCUCCAGCACACUACUCCAACAAUCUUCGUUCACCACCACAAAGUCCUCCCACACCACAGCCUCAGUGAACUAUAGUCUAGAUCCUCCAUAACCUGGGUCCUCCACCACAACCUUGAUCCUCAGCAACCUCGGUCCUCAGCAACCUCAGUCCAUUCAAAACCUCAGUUUACCACAUCCUCAGUCUGCCACAACUUGAGUCCUUCACAACCUCAUCCUCCACCAUAACCUCAUCCUCCACCACAACCUCAUCCUCCACCAUAACCUCAUCCUCCACCAUAACCUCAUCCUCCACCAUAACCUCAUCCUCCACCACAGCCUCAUCCUCCACCAUAACCUCAUCCUCCACCACAACCUCAUCCUCCACCAUAACCUCAUCCUCCACCACAGCCUCAUCCUCCACCAUAACCUCAGUAUAUCAUAACUGAAUCAUCACAACUUUACUCACUCAAGUGAAUCUGCAGAGGAAAUGUCUCUCUCUACCCAGAUAAUGAAAUAAUAUACGGUUAUGGAGUCCACUGAUGGAGAAGCAGAAGCUACAAAAGUUAAAGAUGAAGACGUGGAGGUAGCCCUUACUCCAAGAAUGACAAAUUCACUUGUCAUCUCACCAUCAAAGACUGUUGCAAGGGCUUCUCAAGCUUUGAGUCCCAUACGAAAACCAUCAAGAAACACUAGCCAUGGAGAGUUUAUCAGUCAGAGUAAGAGCCAAGAGCCAUAUAACCAAGCAAAUAUUGAUGCCAGUGUAUAUGAUGGAAACUUAAAUGAAAACCAAGAUUUACACAUUCAUUCUGCAGCAGUUGUCAAGAGUUCUGAAGUGGAAUUUCCCGUUCAGUUCCAUGAACUUCAGUCAAACACGGAUCUGAAGAUGCCACCAUCAAAUUGGUUGCAGGAACAUACUUCCAUUCGACUACCUAACCCAACACAGAAACAUGCAGAUUUUUCAAGUUUUCUUAUGGCCCAUCAGUUCCCAGAUUGCAUUGGUGAAGUGGAUGUCAUAUCAGAUGCAGAAAACAUUAAGAAACUACUAAAAAUCCCCUAUAAUCCAAAAUCUCAUGUCAGCAUGAUGAUUCAUCGGGUGGGCAAGACCCUUCUGAUAGAUGAAUUUGAUGUUUACAAAUACUUAUUAAGACAGACUGAAAAAGAGUGGCAUUGGCUUCGAAGAUUCUUUUUCGAACAUGUUCUUCAGUCUUUAACACACAAGGAGAAUGUGCUAGUGCGCCCAAACAAGAGUCGAAAUGUUGUCCAAAGUCGGAGCUUGCUUUCGAAGUUUUUAUACCAUAGCAUAAAUGAAGAAGCUAGACCUGCCAGUCCACCACCACAGCCAGUAACAGAAAGUCCUGUUUCUGUUCGAAGGCCCUCCUUACCCAUGAAUGAAAUGAUGCCUGAACCUCCAUUAGAAGAGCAGCUUCCUCAACCCUCUGGUCAAUCAUUUACUCGUAAUGUUGUGUGGAAUUUUGAAGAUCUUCACAUGCUGAUUGGGACAGAUCUACCCAUUUUUGGUGGUGGAACUCAUCCUUGCGUCUCAUUAAGGCUCCGGGAUAUGAGCAAGCCCAUCAACAUAUUAACGGGAAUUGACUAUUGGCUGGAUAACCUUAUGUGUAAUGUACCUGAAGUAGUCAUGUGCUACCACCUUGAUGGAAUUGUUCAAAAGUACGAGUUAAUCAAGACUGAGGAUUUGCCUCACAUGUGUGAUUGUCACUUUUCCCCUAGACUAGUGCGGGAUGUGGCUCAGAAUAUUCUCUCAUUUCUGAACAGUAAAGCAACAAAAGAGGGCCACACAUAUUGGCUCUUUAAAGGCAAAGAUGAUGACAUAGUAAAGCUCUAUGAUCUGACAUCACUUUGUAGAGAGGGUCGAGUAUCUGUUGAUGGAACUGAAGAGGAGACCCAGACAGAAGACUCUGGGAACCCUUUCACUAUUCCAGUUGCAAUGCUUUUUUAUCGUGUUGCUAAAAACAUGCGUGCUUCAGAAGAUGCUCACACUAAAAUUGCUUCCAUCAGAGCUCUGCUGAAGAAUUGCCUUACAUUACUAGAUAAGAAUGAAUACCCAAAGAUUGUAUCUUCAGCACACUACAUGCUGUCUGAUUUAUAUGUACCACAAGACAUUGACCCUGACUCUCCAGUUCUUGAUGACUGCAGUGAUGAAGAUAGUGAAUGGUCCUCCACAGUGGAUAGUGAUGAUGAAGAUUGUUGUUCAAAGCAAGACACUCAGUCAGUUACUCCUGCCAAUCCCAGUUCAACUAUUAAGGUGUCAUCACUUUGUAAACCUCACACCAACAAAACACAGUCACAUUAUUAUAAGGCUCCACCACUGUUAGGUACAUUAGAGGAACGAUGCCAGUGUGCCUUGAAUCAUGUUGUUGAAGCUCUCCAGUGUCUGCAUACAUCUAGUACCCGAGAACAUGAGCGUUCUGGAACUAAGAGGAAUAAAGCCACAGGAGUAUCAAGGAGUCAAGAUGAGCAGGAACCCAAAAUGGCACGACCCUUCCAUCCAAUACCAAUGCCUUAUUCACCUCUGAAUGGUAGUCCGGAUAAUGGAAAGAAGGCCUUAGUUGUAGCAAAAGAACGAUCUGCUGAUGACCACUUAACAGUUUCUGUGCUUUGUCAGCAGUACUCUGUUGCCAGCUGGUUGGACAAACUUAACAUCUUGUUGCUCAGAAAAGCUUCUUUAGUUUAUCUGGUUAUGGCCAGAACAAAUUUUAGUAUGAAGAGGUAUGGACUGGCUCUACGCUACAUAAGAUUCUCCCUCCAUGCAUGGCAUGGCAUGGCUUGUCGACUUGGCCUUGAGGAGAGUGAUGUACCUAUUCCUUGUCAAGCACUAACUCUGGCUGGUGACAUAUUUUACAUGAUAUUGAAAGUGUGGGAAGAAGUUGCCAGUCACAUAGAUGACUAUAACAGCAUCACUGCAACUAAUCAGGAUAUGCUUACACUUCUUGAAAGUAUUUUACCAGCUCAAGAAUGUAGCUGGACUAUCAAAUUGCCAUGUGAUACAGAAGAAGCUUUGGCAUUAAGCUGUUUGAGUUUUGAAAAAGCACUCUCUGCUGCAGACCCUCAAGCAGCAAUGGUUCUCUCACGCAGGCUGGGUAAUGUCUGUAACGAAUUAGGUGUAAUGUACAUGAACCAAGCAGCUAAAAUGUGUGAGGAAAAAAAUAUUGGCUUUCAAGAUACAGAAGAACUCUGGCAAAGAAGUGCAGAAAUUUUGAACCGGGGCAUUGAGUAUUUUUCCCGUGUCAGUGAUGUGGCAAAUAUAGCUCUGUUGCAUUCUAACACGGGUCGUCUGCUGAGACUUUGUGCCUUCUACUGUGUGCCCAAAGCUGGUCCAAGGGAGUUCGUAAAUCCAGAGAGGUAUUAUUAUGACCAGGCAAUAAAAGAAUACCAGAAAGCAUUGGAGAUUUUGAAAUCCAGGAAAAGAAGCAUGGAGAUAUGGGAUUUAGUUGUUUGGGAGUAUGGUACAACCCUGUACACUAUGGCUUCAUUACUACAGGAUCAUCCUCCACUAGUAACAGCGGCUGGAGAAGAUGUUGCUCGGGAAGUUUUGGAUCUUCUCACAAAGGCUCUUAAGUACUGCGAUGUGAAAAUUCCAGGAGUUCGGCAGCCACUUUAUCAGUACAGAGCUGCUGUUAUAUAUAUGCGAAUAGCAGGCAUAUAUCACAAUGCUGUUAGACAAGGGGAAGGUGAGAUGAAAAAUACAAAGCACUUGGCACAGCUGAAUUACAGUAAAGCAGCUACCUUGUUCAUGCAGCUGGAGAAUCCCACUGAUAUAUUAAAAGUGCAACUGGAUCAAGCGGUCCUGAUAGAAGAUCAGUUACAAGGAAUAUCAAAUCAGCAAAUCCUUAUUAAACUUCAUCUGUCCAUUCUUCAACUGCUGGUAGACUGUGUUCCAGCUCUCAAGAGCAGUGAGGCUUCUGCUGUAGCCAAAGUCAACCAAACCAGCACUGAUAAUAUGCCGAAAAUUAGCUCAUGCAGCCACAAUCAGAAUAAACAAGUGGGUGCGAACAUGGAUGACAGGAGCAAAUAUAGAGAGAAUAAUAAUGCAUGUAGUGAAGAAAUUAGCUGUCAGAAUGAAUAUCUAACAUAUGAGGAUGAGGAAAGUCAGGAAAAAAUAAGGGCCUUGUUAGUUGUGUUUGAGAAAAAAAUUCAAAAUUCCCUUAUGGCCCUUAUAAAGAUAUAUUCUUCGAAAUCCAAAAAGAGCAGUCAUCUUGGAAAUGAUGUGAGCCUACUUCGAGAAAUGUACAGUUUGAGCCUCAACAUGCAGUCCCUACCACUGGCCACACAUCUGCUAAAUGCCACAACUGCCAUUACUCCAUUGCUGAGUCAGUUACGCACUCGAAAACGACAACUUUAAUCAGUCAUUUUGCUGCCCAUUAAUUUUGGAGGAACUUAUUUUGAAAAUUGCAGUAUUCAAAAAUGCCACAAUAACUUGAGCAUAUUUUGGUUAUUUUUUUCUUUUUAACUUUUUCAUCAAGAGUUUAGAUGUGUAUGUUUAAAGUGAUUAUACUGUAUACCAGUUUUGACUCUUUUCAAGGGUAUGAAAUAUGUACAUAUACUGAAUAUUUGUUGUAUAUUUAUUUGUAACGUAGAUUCUUGAAUAAUGUGCCAGGUGAGAGUUAAGUUUGGCAAUGUUGUAGUCAUUGGUCAGUUUACAUUUAAUGAGUUAUAGUACGGAAUAUGCCUCACUCGAACCAUAAUUCUGUGUAUGAACCAUUUUUCUCGUUACCUUGGAAAAGUAAAAUGUUUGUGUUGGUAAUAAAUGUUCACCUAGCAAUAUAUAGGCAUCAGGGUGCAAGACUUGCGAGUCACAUCUUGGCCAUAGCAAGACUUAUAAACAAGUCUCCAUAAGCUUGCUGCCUGUUUGCCUAACAGUAAUUAUCUGAUUUUUUAGUUGCCUGUUGCUGAUUGCAUCCUGCUUGGUUGAACUUUUACCUCUUAUAGGGCUGGGAUUUGAAAUGAGCUACACUCCAGUAAGAAGAAAAAGUUGCUCUUUGGUCAACCUGAAUAUUGAAUCUUCAGAAUUGUCAUACAUCAAUAUUUUGUAACAAAAAAAAAUAAAAGAAAUUAAUAGAUCAUUUCUAAGCUCUCAUGUCUGAGUGCUUCUGCAAAGACAGUGAUUAUGUAUGAGUGAUGAUGAAAGUGUUGAAUGAUGAAGAAAGUUUUUUUCUUUCCUUUUGGGCCACCCUGCCUCGGUGGGAAAUGGCUGACAUGUUAAAAAAAAAAAAAAAGAAAUUAAGCACACUGUUUAU